AUGACAUCCUGGACGAUCCUCCUGCUACUCCCAGGAGCCCUGGCCCUGACCCAGAUCCAGCCAGGCUCCCACUCCCUGAGAUAUUUCCACACAUCUGUGUCCCCGCCCGGCCGCGGGGAGCCCCGCUUCAUCGCCGUCGGCUACGUGGACGACACGCAGAUCGUGCGGUUCGACAGCGACGCCGCGAAUCCGAGGAUGGAGCCGCGGGCGCCGUGGAUGGAGCAGGAGGGGCCGGAGUACUGGGACGAGCAGAGCAGGAUCGCCAAGGAGAACGCACAGACUUUCCGGCAGAGCCUGCGGAACCUGCGCGGCUACUACAACCAGAGCGAGGCUGAGUCUCACACACACCAGAGGAUGCACGGCUGUGACGUUGAGUCCGACGGGCGACUGCUCCGCGGUUACAAUCAGUAUGCCUAUGAUGGUGCGGAUUACCUUGCCCUGAAUGAGGAUCUGCGCUCUUGGACCGCGGCGCCGGCCGUGGCGGCCCAGCUCACCCAGCACAAGUGGGAGGAGGCUGGGGAGGCGGAGCGCUACAAGGCUUACGUGGAAGGCAGGUGUGUGGAGUCGCUCUGCAGAUACCUGGAGAACGGGAAAGAGACGCUGCAGCGUGCAGUGCCUCCAAAGACGCACGUGACUCACCAUCCCAUUUCUGAACAAGAGGUCACACUGAGGUGCUGGGCCCUGGGCUUCUAUCCGGCAGAGAUCACCCUGACCUGGCAGCGGGACGGGGAGGAGCUGACCCAGGACACAGAGCUUGUGGAGACCAGACCUGCGGGGGAUGGGAACUUCCAGAAGUGGGCAGCUGUGGUGGUACCCUCUGGAGGGGAGCAGAAAUACACAUGCCAUGUGCAGCAUGAGGGACUGACCAAGCCCCUCACCCUGAGAUGGGAGCCCCAUUCUCAGUCUGACAUCCCCAUCGUGGCAAUCAUUGUUGGCCUGGUUCUCCUUGUGGCCAUUGGAGCUGUGGUGGCUGGAGUUUUUUUCUGGUGGAAGAAGAGCUCAGGUAUAGAAGGGGGUGGGGUCUGA